CAAGAAUGACUGCCAGGCACAUUAACAAUGUGCUUUUGACUUUACUAAUAAACAUUGCGAUCUUGGAAAUAACAUUGGCAGUGACAUUUACAUAUUACCACAUCAAGCAUGGGAAACUCCUCCAAAUGAAUACUACUGAACACUUUAAUGAGAACUCCAUUGUUGGUUGUGCAAGGAGAUGUCAAGCAGCAAAUUGCAGUGCUAUAAACUUUAACACUAUGAGCAGAAUGUGUGAAGUAAAGUUAGAUGAUGUGACAAUAAACAGAACCAAAGUUGAUGAAACUGAUGUCAACUGGAUGAAUGCAGUACAUGAUGAAGCAUGCCCAAGUGCAAGCUACAGGCGUGAUAUUGUGAAUGGAAGAUGUUACAAGUUUGUGGAUGAGAAAGUAAACUGGGCUACAGCUAAACAGAAAUGUGAAGAUGAUGGUGGUGAUUUGUGCGCCGUAGAGACAUAUGGAGAAUGGGAAGCCCUCAGCAAAGCAAUGUUUGGAUAUGAAGGAGGUCCCUGGUAUACUUUAGGCCAGAACACAACAGAUGGUUGGCGAUGGUUGGUCCCUGGAACUCCCAAAAUCUUGAUGGAUCGUACAAUGUGGGGCAAUGGAAAACCAGAUAAUGCAGAAGUGGACCAAAUUUGCAUUGCAUUGGCAGAUCAUAGUUAUCGUCUUAACAAUAUCAGAUGCACUUUCAAGAGGAAAUACAUAUGUGAGUCACCAGCUUAUUUCUACUAAGUUAAUGCUGGAUGAGAAUCCUCAUGAUAAUCCAAAGCGGGAAAAUAAGGAAGUAAAAAUUUGUACCGAUAAAGAAUGCAUUUUGGGUAAUCUAUUUACCUUAUAAGGAAACACACUUGUCCCUCCCUAUUGGAGAGGUCUACCACGAGAGAAUUGAAAUAAAGAAAGAAAGAAUGGACGAUGAAUAAAUUAAAACUUGUAAGGACCACUGUCUAGUGAAAAGUGCCCUUCAUUGGCCAAUGUACUUAUAUAACAGGCAAAUGCAGUCAAUCUCAAACCCAGUCAACUUCAGGGAAUUUCGCAAGACAUGAUUACAAUAUUGUGGAAUAUUGUGUCUCUGUAAUGAAGAAUACUUAUCAUAGUUAUGUUUCAGAUAAUUUGUGAGACAUAAGAAAAAAUCAGUUCAUCUUCACUUAUGCUUUUGAGGAAUGAGAUCAGCCUAGAUUGUAAUAACUUAUAUUUUACCAUAAACUGCCAGGCUGAUAUCACUAAGUGACAUUACCUGCACAUUGCCAUUUUCAAAUGCAGCAGCGAAUUGGAAGUAAUGAUGGGGGUUGAAUGUGACAUCUCUCACACUUUCUGAGCGCCCACUAAAUGUAGUGCAAACCUCUUUCUUCUUCAGGUCCUACAAUUGUAU